AGCAUUGAAGUAUUGUGCGAAUGGAAAUGGGAAAAAAAUGUGUGUAGAAAACAGAUUGUGUAUUAAUGGAAGCGUCGAUGUCCAUGGCAUAUUCAUUAUUUCGGACAGAAAUGGCUUUGGAGAACCUGAAUUCGAUGAUUGUGCCAGGUCAGGUGUAGUGUGCUGCACUGUUCCAAAGGAAUAUUGGCUUAAAACAACAUCACCAACAAGAACUUUAACUACUACUACUAGUACCUCUACUACCACCGCUACUACUACUACGACUACUACUGAACAAAUCCCCGACUAUCCCGAUUGGAACGGUCAGUGCGGUGAACGGUACAGUGGUGAAGGACCACCAGGAAGCGAAACUAAGCGCUGGGAGUUUCCGUGGUCUGUGGCAUUGUUCAGCAUUACCAACAUUUUAGGAAGACAUGUCAAAGUGUUCCUCUGUGGUGCUACGCUCAUCGAUGAUCAAGCGGUGCUAACGACAGCCAAAUGUGUACAGCAUCGAAAUAGAUCGGGCCUAGUAGUCCAUAUUGGUCGCUGGAACGCCAAUUCUGACCAAGAACCUUUCAUGCAGGAAAUAAAAGUCGAGAAAGUGGUCAUCCACCCUGAACACUAUACUUCCACUGCACACAUUGGUAAUAUCGCACUACUGUUCCUAGCUGAUUCGGCACAAAUUGGUCCUGCUUCCAACCGUGUUUGUCUGCCGGAUACGGAGCAGAUCGAAUCCAACUCGUUCUGCUAUGUUGUUGGGUGGAGAAAUAAUCCACCAGCUGGUACUCCGAAUCGCCUAGUCAAAAUCGAUGCCCAUUUCGGCGAUAGGAAUGAGUGCCAAAAAGGGAUUCGAAACUACGGGAGGGUGUAUAACUAUACUCUGCCAAAGGAGCAUCUCUGCGCAGACUACACCAAUACCCCAGUACCAUGCGAGCGGGUCGAAGGUUCGGGAAUGAUCUGCGCACUGCACGAAAAUAGUGAACAAUUCUUUUUAGCCGGUAUCGCCAUAUAUUCGCUACGCGAUUGUAACAAAUAUCAAGCAAUGGAUGUUUUUUUGAGUACCAAACACUAUUUGACAUGGAUAGAUACAGUAAUGUUGCAGAAUAAUCGAUAUCCAAACUACUACCGUCCAGAUCUCACAAUCGAUUUUGAGGACUGAAAGAAUGUAACUGGAAUAAUAUCAAUACAUAAGCUAUGCCCCUUCCGACUCCAUCAACUAUAUAAAGGUCAUG